AUGAACUUGAAGCGACUGCUGUGGGAGUCCAAGCUGGCGGUCGCGCUCUGUCUGCUCAUCAUGGCGCGAUGCGUGGACCGCGUGCUCUACACACGGAUCACGUACGACUAUACGGACUUCCUCUGGUACUUCACAAACGUGAUCCUCCCCAUCUCUUUCUUGAUCUCAUCAGCUCCUGUAGUAGCCUACAAACUCUAUUUUACAGACGACAUUACGCAAGAAAUGCGUGAUUUCCCGCACUACAAGUACAUGCUGAUGGCGCUGUUUGACACGCUGUAUAACCUGCUUGGCGCGUUCCCCACACCUCAUAUCGGAGGGAACAUGGCCAACGUGCUGAACCAGUUGAAUUUGCCGUUCAAUAUGCUGCUAUCGUACAUGUUCUUGCAGACGCGCUUCAAGCGCGGCCAUAUUCUGGGCUCCAUCCUGGUGCUGUACGGUGGGAUGGUGAACUUGAUUCCUACUCUUACGGGCCAGGACAACGCCAACACACCGGACCCAAGUGCGGGGUGGAUCACUUUGUACAUCGUGUCACUGGUGCCGGCGGCGGCUUCAAACGUCUAUAAGGAGAUUGGACUGAAAGACGUGGAUCUGGACAUAUGGUAUGCCAACAUCUGGAUCAGCUUUUAUCAGCUUCUCAUCGGUGCAGCUACAAUUUGGACAGUGCGGAUCAAGGCAUUCAGCGAUCCGCCAGUGCCCUGGACAGACUUCCCAUCCUAUGUUGUGAAGGCGCACGAGUGUUUCAUCGGCAACGAAGUUGAGCUGAACGGCAAGGUGUUAGCGUGUGACGCAGGUGUGAUGGAGGUCUUUUUGGUCUUCAUCAUUUUCAACACAGUCUACAAUCAGCUCAUGCUGUAUAUCUUCAAGGAAGGCAGUAGCGUGCUCUUCGUGGUGUCGUCCGCUGUAGGACUCCCCCUCACCGACUUGCUGUACAUGAUUCCGUUUCUCACGGGCAAGUUUGCUGGCCAGUCAUUCACUAUCUACGAUGGAUUCUCGCUUGUCGUACUUGUAAUGGGACUGCUGGUUUACCAUUCCGAGAAAGAAGAGCGCAAGCGCGGUUCGCAGUCGGUGGAAAAGUCCCCCAUGUACGCGUCGCCGUCGUUGCAAAAGACGCAUCUCAUGCGGAAGCGCCGUGGAAAAGUGGUGUACCGUCAGAGCCCAAUGAUUCGGCGCACUGGAAGUGGCAGCGAAAUCCGACUUUUGGGUCGCAAUGCAGCUGGAAAGAACACCUAUGGCACGAACAACAGUGCCGCAUAA